AUGGCGGACAGAGAGAAACGGAAAGCCAGCCCGCCACCUGGCCGCAACAUCCAGGUGAACUCCCCGGCCAGCUUCAGGUUGACCCAUGACAUCAGCCUGGAUGAGUUUGAAGAUGAUGACCUGUCAGAGAUUACGGAGAUCACAGACGAGUGCGGGAUGAGCCUAAACUGCAACGGCCCGGAUAUUAAGGGCCAUGUGAGGCGAGGAACCAAUAGCAUGUCGGGGAGGGCUGAGCUGGGUGCUGUCGGCCAGCUCCAGGCAGAGAUGCUGCAUUUGGAACUCAUCGACGGUGCUGACGGUUACCGCGGUGACAAAGAGUCCUCCAAGGCGUCUGCCAUUGCACCCCCACCAGUCACCAAGGACCCUACAGCACCUGUUACUAUGGAUACCUACCGGCCCAAGAGACCCACGACCCUUAACCUCUUCCCGAUUGUGCCGCGCACACAGGACACACUAAACAACAACUCCUUUGGGAAGAAAUACAGUUGGCAGGAGAAGGUUUCAGGCUCGUCCUCGCCUUCUAAAACAGGUGAGCUCACGCCUCCACGUGAGCACAGCUGUCUGAGCGACGAGGACAAGGUGCAGGGCGGGGGAGCGCAGACCAAAGACCGAGGGACUUCUACUGACGCCCCCUGCAGACACAGCCACACCUCUGGACACUCACACGGUUCAUCCACGACCACUGCCACACGCUCCAAGCUUCAGGAGAAGCCACCCGCGCCACCCCCACCCCAGAACUAUACACCAGCUCCCCUUUACCCUGCGGGGAAGGCAGAUGGAGGCGGGAACAACCGGGAGAGGAUCCGCUACACCACGGACGUUCACCUAGAACCCACAGAGGAGAUCUAUCUAACUCCUGUGCAGCGCUCCGCCGACCCCCUAGACCCCCCUAACGCACAGGACCGGCCUUUCCUCUCGCAGCAGACCGAGCAGGGCCGCAUGUCCAUCAGCUCCGACACAGAGGGCCCGCCUCCUUACCAGCCCCUCCCAGACCGAACAAACCCCUCCAUCUCUGAGGAGGACGAAGCCUACAUCCCCCCGCCUUCGUAUGCUUCUUGUGUAGAGUCCCUUAUCACGCCGCCCAGCAUGGCUCGCUCCUCCCUCACGCUGGACCUCAGCCUGAAGGGGGCAGGAACGGGGGCCGGGGUCAUGCUCAGACCUGGAUCCUCGGUGGAGUACGUGGAUGCCACAGACGAAAGCUACUGUGGGGAGGAUGAAGAUGUGGACAGAAUAAUAAUGGACGGUAGGAUGAGGAAGGGGACAGGGAAGGGGGAUGGUGGUGGCAGCAGAGUCCCAGUAAGGACUUCCAUGAGCUCGGAGGCCAGCGGCCUUUCGUAUGACUCAGUCAAAUACACGCUGGUGGUGGACGAGCACGCUCAGCUGGAACUGGUCAGCCUCCGGCAGUGUUACCAAGGCUACAGCGACGACAGUGACUCGGCCACCGUCUACGACAACUGCGUGUCUUCUCCCUACGAGUCGGCCAUCGGGGAGGAGUACGAGGAAGAAGAUGAGGACGAUGAGGACGGCCUUCAGAUAGGAGGCGUGAGGAGAGAGGCCACAGCCUGUCUGUCUGAAGACUCCACCCCUGAGGUCGACCUGCACUUCUCCAAGAAGUUCCUCAAUGUCUUCAUGAAUGGACGCUCUCGCUCCUCAAGUGCAGAGUCCUUUGGAUUAUACUCUUGUGUCGUAAAUGGAGAGGAGAAGGAUCAGAGCCACAGAGCGGUCUACAGGUUCGUCCCCCGUCAUGAUGAUGAGCUGGAGCUGGAGGUAGAUGACCCGUUGCUGGUGGAGGUCCAGUCAGAGGAUUACUGGUACGAGGGCUACAACAUGCGAACUGGAGCCAGAGGGAUCUUCCCAGCUUACUACGCUAUAGAGGUGUCCAAGGACACGGACAGUUACAAAGUGAAAAGCAGUGAAUGGAUGGACAGAUACCGGCUGAAGUUCCUGGGCUCAGUUCAAGUGCCCUUCCACAAAGGAAACGAUGUUCUGUGUGCAGCUAUGCAGAAGAUUGCCACCAACAGAAGGAUGACAGUAAAGUACAACCCUCCUUCGUCCUGCAUCCUGGAGAUCAGUGUGAAAGGCAUCAAGCUUGCAGUUCAGGAGGAUUAUUAUGCCUGUGACAGAAGUAACGAGUGCAGUCACUUCUUCCAAUUAAAGAACGUCUCCUUCUGCGGCUAUCACCCCAAAAACAGCAAGUACUUUGGUUUCAUCACUAAGCACCCAGCAGACCAGAGAUUUGCCUGCCAUGUGUUUGUGUCAGAAGACUCCACCAAGCCUCUUGCAGAGUCUGUAGGGAAAGCCUUCCAGUUGUACUAUAAAGAGUUUGUGGAGUUCUCGUGCCCGACAGAGGACAUCUACCUGGAAUAGCCCUGCCCUGCCUUCACAGCCCUGUACAGUACACUGUAUCAUAACAUAAUGUUGCAUGAAGGACAGGCAUAUCAAAAAUAACAACAACAAGAAAAAAAGAGGAAAACAUUUUAAAAAAAAAUAACAAAUCUGACAAACGAGCAGGAAAAGAAGGAUCACGUAUUGGAACUGUGGUGAAAACGUUGUGCAGCAAGAAGAAGAGAUGAAAAUGAGCCAAAGGAGGAGUGAGAAAAGAAAUUAUGCAAAAUGGAGUCAGUGAUGAGGCGAAGAGCACAGGCUGUCCAUGGAAAGCACAAACAUUGUAUCACCGCAGCCUUGGCGGCCCUAGUUAAACCUGUAGCGUCAUCUCAGCGGGUGCAACAUAAAAGCCCAGGAGCCGAACUGGACAGCACCAGCUUGUAUUUGCACUUGACAAAAACAACAGCAGCUGACAUUUUGGAACACAUGAGUUGAUGAGUUUGCUUUGACUUUGAACAUUUAAGGUCUUCUAAGCAUGAGGGUAUAAGUGUAUAUUUACUAAAUGACAUCCUCACACAGGAAAUGUACACAAAAUGAAACAAAUCUAUGUAGGAACAGUGACCUUUAACCUUCUAGCACACCUGGUAUAAACGGUGAUAUCCACAUUGUUCAGUGGCAACAAAAAAUCCACCCUAAAACACUUUUAUAAAACCAGCUAUAGGUGAUGUUCUUUGCAUUUUCAGCUGUUUGACAACAGAAAAUGUUCUAGUCAUCUGGAGAAUUGAUGGAAAUCAGCAGAUUAUGGUGUCUGUAAUGGUCGAGGCCGGGUCAUAAACUUUCUCAUUUUACAGCUAAAGGCUCACUUAAAUAUAUUUCUGAAAACAUUAGAAGUGAGAAAUACGAUAAGGACUUGGUGGAGCUCGACCACAAGGCUCUCUACAUGUGUACUGCAGUAUGAGCUGUGCACACACUGCAAAGUGGGGCUCAGAGUACAAUGCAAAGGCACAAGUGUAGAAUAGGUUUGUGUCACAUGUCUGAAGCAUCCAGAAAGAACAAAACAAGCCGAGCCAAGUUUAUUUUAGUUUAACACAAAGGCAAGUAAGAGCCUGAUUGGAGUUGCAGCUAAUUCAUUGAUCUAGGGGUAUCCGCAAGAAAGUCUGCAACUAUUUUGACAAUGGAUUCAAUUAUUUUCAAGCAAAAUGCUGGAAAAGUUUACUUGUUUCCGCUUCUCUAAUGUCAAUGUUUGCCAGUUUUCUUGGUCUUCUCUCAUAUCAAAUCAGUUAUAUUUAGGGUUUUGGACUUGAAUUUGUGAUACAUCAAAUGACUAAAUGAUAAUCAUCAGUUACCCCCUCCGAGCCAAUGAUUAGGAAAGGGGUCAGGUAUAUGAGACCUUGCUAUUCCUUUUCGGGUCGCUUUCAAACAAGGUCAAAAUUGUAACUGAUUGAAUAUAAAGCAUAUUAGCAAGGCAUAGCCUUGAAAUUGUGUAUAACAUUUACUUAAGGUUCCUCCAUGGGCAAACACAUACCGUAUGCAAAUUAAUUUUCUUGAAAUCAUAGAGCCACUCCUUUCCACCAAUGUUCCACAAUAAAACACAGAGAGGCGGAAAUUGAGAGACCAGUGUUCAAACACUUUUACGAUUACAAAUCAUGAUGUGAGGGUUCACUUUUGUGGAUUUUUCCUUUUAAGUUUUGUCUGCAGCUUCUAUGGUACUGUAGUGCUAAAUUAAACGGUCCCCACAAUUUGCCCUGUAAAGCCCUUAAUGAGUCACACUGCGCUUCGUUACUGUGUGUUCUAACUAGGUAUAAAAUCAGUCACAAAGAUGUUUAAUAACAGGAGAGAAAAAAGGCUCUUUGGACUCUUCAAGACGAGUUCUGACAUACAGACUUCUCCUUCGUGUGGUGUUCUAGAAACUUGCUCCUCAUAGUUUCCACAUCAGAAAUCUGAAAUGCUCCCAGUGUGGCGUUGGUAACAUAAUAAGGCUGAUCCUCGGUGCAGUAGGUACGGGUGCUGACAAGGGAGCUAAAGCAAAACUCUGGUGUCUUCAUAUCUUCACUAGUAGUGCCUCUUUUUCAUCAGAUCAUUGUGACCUUCCUCAGUGAACAUUAUCACAUUUUAAGGGAUUGCCAUUGAGUGUGUGUUGAAGUUGAAGAGUUUGAAGGGGUAUGUUUGAUGUGUUUUUUUCCCACUGCACUAAAUGGGCUGAGCUGUGCCUGUGCUGUCACAAGUCAUAUUAUAGGGCAGUAAAAUUGUGCCAAUUCAGAGCCUUUAUGUGUGUAGCCUGAGCAAGAAGCUAAAAAAUUAAUUCACAGAAAGGUAGAAUGUUAAAAUGCACAGGUGCUAUGCGCUUAUGAAAUAUAUAUCUACUUCCAUUCUGUUAGUACAUCCAUGUAACUAUUCCUCUUAAGACACAGAUUAUAUGCAUAGAAAUGUGUGCAACACAUAAAUUGUGCAUCAUACAGAACAUUUUGUUGAACAUUUGUCAAGUGCAACAUUUUGUGCGACCCCUGAAUGUGACAUGAAAUGUAUGCAUUAAUAUUUUAAUCGUCUGCGACCCAUUUUAAUACUUUCAAUUUCAAUAAUUUAAUUUGAUUUAAUGCACUCUGUGACAACUUGGCCACUGGUUGCAUAACAACUCAUGGCACCUUGUGGUUAUUACUGGAAUUAUAUUCCUGUCCUCAAUGCUAGUGCUAUUAGCUAAAGAGAAAUAUAAUUAGCCACAGGUAUUACACCAUAUCAACCAAAAUUGUUGAUAUUCUGAUGACAUUUUUAUUGGCAUUAAAAUGAAAAAGGGACCAAAUGACUAUACCAGAAAACCAAGGAAUUCCCGUUUCAUUAUAAUUUAUUUAUUAUAAUUGUCAUAAAAAGUAUUAGUAUUAUUAUUAUUAUUAUGGUGAUGAUAGUUCCAGUACAGGUACAGCACAGUUAUUCUGCAGUGAAAAACAAACAGAAAGUGUGCUUUCUACAUCAUUUAUCACUAACACUAAUUUCUAACAGAUUAUUUUAUGUGAGCUAUAUUUAACAGAAGAUAAAAUGUCUGUGAAAGAAAGAUUCAUUAAUGGAAGAUAUGGAAAUUGUCAAUUCAGCCAUCUCACCAGUCCCCACGGUUUGUUUCUUUCAACAACAACAACAACAAAAAAUGAAAUACAGAGUUGUCUGCUGUUCCUGAUCUAAGCCAUCGUGUUUGCAUCAAGAGAUCAACACUGACUUUUAUAUGAGUUCCCUUCUCAAGAGCCAAUCAGGCAGAUAGGAUGAAAUGUACUGUAGUGGGGGCUAUGAAAAGGGUGUAUAGACAUGCCAUAUAUAAAUAAAUACUUUAAUAUCUGUAAUUAUAAAUAUGACGUAUGGAUUUAACAUGUAGUAUGUGAAAUUUCUCUUUAUUUUGGAAUUUUUUUAGGUGUGAAUUAUUCUUUAUUUAAAAAUUUUAAUGCA